UAAAAUAAGCUUGUUAAAGCUAGAUAAUUCUAUGGAAUACGAUUUUGAUAACACUAAUGAAAUAAAAAACUCUAAUAAGUUCACCUCAAUGUCUCUUGUACAUAACAAUGAAACUACAACUAGCAAGAAUGUAAAUAAAAUUCCCAAUAGAGUGCCUAGUAAAAUUGCUGAUGAAACCGCUAGCAAAGCUACCAAUAAAACUUCUACAUCAUCAAGACAUACGUCUGCCAUUUGGGAACAUUUUACCUUAUUAACGGAUGAGCAAAAGGCUAAAUGUGAACAUUAUAAUAGGUUAUUUAGUUACAAAAAAGGGUGUGGUAUAUCUCAUCUACGGCACUAUCUUGGACCAUAUACAAAUGAUUUGGCCCAAAAAGACAUAAGUAACAUGAUUGUCUGGGAUGAAUUAAGUUUUCAAUUCAUAGAAGAUCAAGGCUUUCAUAUUAUGAAAGCUUAUGAUAAGAGAAAAACUUUAAUCAAAGAAACUCUUCAAAAUGCUGAAGGCAAAAUUUCUCUAACUUGUGAUGCUUGGACGUCACUUCAACAACUUGGAUACUUAUCAGUUACCAUGCAUUAUCUUGAUAAGAGUUGGAACCUUGUGUCUAUUCUAUUAUCAUUUCCAUUGAUCCCCUAUCCACACACUGGUGUUAAUAUUGCCAACUGUAUUAAAACUGAAAUAGAUAAAUGGUUUAUUACUACUAAGUUACAAACUAUUACCCUAGAUAAUGCUACUUCAAACGAUGUUGCAAUUCGCGAAUUAGCCAAUUGUAUCUCACAAGACUCAUUUAUAAAUAUCAAUGAAGAUCUUUUUCAUAACCGCUAUUUUGCCUACAUUCUAAAUCUUAUAGUUAAGGAUGGGUUAAAAAAAUUUUUAGAUGUUUGUAAUUGCGUUAAAGCAAUACAUACAGCACCAAGGCGGCACCAAAUAUUCCUGGAUAUUUGUGAAUCAGAAUCUGUGAAAUCUAUAAUUCCUCCAUUGGACUAUGAUACUCAAUGGAACUCGACAUUCCUAAUGUUGCAAUCAGUUUUAGAAGUCAUGAAUGUAAUUACUAGAAUGAAAGACAGGGAUAGAAUAUUUUCUGACAUACCUGAUAAAAAAGAGUAG